UCAUCGAUUUCUUUCAGAUUUCAUCAGAUUUAUUUGAUUAUCGAACAAAGUAAAUACUAUCAAUAAAUAUAUACACAAUGAACAGCAUCGGAGAAGAGUGCACUGAGCUUAAGAAGAAAUAUGACGAUUGUUUUAAUUCUUGGUUUUCGGACAGAUUUCUGAAGGGGGACCACGAUGAUUCAAUGUGCGCCGGAAUAUUCAAGAUUUAUCAAGAAUGUGUUAAGAACGCUAUGAAGGCGCACAACAUCGAUUUUAAAGAAAUUGAUAAAGAUGUCCUAGGCACAGAGUUCGAGUUCAAAGCACCGCCACCAGGCAGCAGUUGACAGAUGUAUCGUUGCAUCUGUGCGUUGAGUGCCAUGACAUGUUGGAAACCACAAAAGCCGCAGCAACAGUUGGGAGUACAAUGUGAAUAACAAUACCUCACUAGUUUGAAAACAAUGUUUUGUUG